GCAUCAAUACAACAUAGGACGUUCUCUAAAUUUGGAGACAUAUUGAGAUGGAAUUCUUUUUCCCUUCUCAAGCUUUCAACUUAAUCAUGGAGGUUUUUUUUCUAUUUCUGAUCUUGAAAGUGCUACUUUUGUUCUGGGUUACGCCCCUUCGAGUUCGUCAUAGGCUCCAGAAGAAUGGGUUUGGGGGUCCAUCCCCAAGGUUUCCUCUGGGAAAUAUUGAAGAAAUGAAGAAGAAGCAGGAAGGUGUCACACCACUUGAGUUUGCAGAUAGUAUUAUCUCGCAUGAUAUACACUCUAACGUGUUUCCUUACUUCGCUCGGUGGCAAAAGGCUCAUGGGAAGGUGUUUGUUUACUGGUUGGGGACAGAGCCAUUUUUGUACGUUGCAGACCCUGAGUUUCUGAAGAGGAUGUCAACGGGAGUGUUGGGGAAGAGCUGGGGAAAGCCGAAUGUGUUUAAACAUGACAGACAACCCAUGUUUGGAAAAGGAUUGGUGAUGGUUGAGGGAGAUGAAUGGGUUCGUCACCGCCAUGUUAUCACUCCUGCAUUCUCUCCGGCCAACCUUAAGGUUAUGGCAGACUUAAUGAUGGAACCAGCCACAAAGAUGCUGGACAAGUGGACGCUAAUGGUAAACUCUGGCAAUCCUGAGAUUGAUUUCGAGAGAGAAAUCACUACGACUGCAGGCGAGAUCAUUGCGAGGACGAGCUUUGGCUUAAGCAACCAAAAUGGAAGAGAAGUGUUUGAAAAGCUACGAGACAUGCAGAUCACGCUCUUCAACUCCAACCGUUACGUUGGUGUCCCAUUUAGCAAAUUCAUGUCCCCUAAACAAACCCUGAAGGCGAAGAAGCUGGGGGAGGAGAUUGAUGAGCUCCUCUUAUCGAUCAUAUCUGCUCGUAAAGAGUCGAUAUUAAGUGGUUCUCCUCCUCAGCGGGACUUGUUGGGACUGCUGCUGGAGGGAAGCCUGUCGGAUGGCCGGAAAGGGAAGAGUUUGACAACAAAGGAGCUAGUGGAUGAGUGCAAAACUUUCUUCUUUGGAGGCCAUGAAACGACCGCGUUGGCUCUCACAUGGACAUUGCUACUCUUGGCAUUGCAUCCAGACUGGCAAGAACAACUAAGGGAGGAGAUCCAGGAAGUGGUCGGAGAUAAAACUCUUGAUUACCCCAUGCUUUCUGCACUAAGAAAGAUGGGAUGGGUGAUGAAUGAGGCUUUGCGACUAUACUCACCAGCACCAAAUGCACAAAGGCAAGCAAGAGAAGAUAUCAGGGUGGAUGAUCUUGUUAUCCCUAAUGGAACCAACAUGUGGAUCGAUGUGGUGGCUAUGCACCACGAUCCGGCUCUCUGGGGUGAGGACGUAAAUGAAUUCCGGCCAGAAAGGUUCAAGGAUGACAUAAACGGUGGGUGCAAGCACAAGAUGGGGUUCUUGCCAUUUGGGUUUGGAGGGAGGAUGUGUGUCGGAAGGAACUUGACAACAAUGGAGUACAAGGUUGUCUUAACCCUCAUUCUCACUAGAUUUUCUUUCUCCCUUUCACCGGCUUACCGUCACUCACCUUCGAUUUUGCUUUCUUUGAGGCCCCGGCAUGGAUUGCCCCUCAUAAUUCACCCACUUUAAGAUAGAAUUAUGUUCUUUUCAUUGCAUUAUAAUACAUAGCUUACAAUAUUUACCGUCUAGUGUAGAGGAUCAGGGCAGUUGUAUUUAUUAAAAUAUAAUAACAUGAAUCAG